GUGCAAUCACAUUCAAUGAAAUUUGACGGACAAGUAAAAUUGGCCGUCACAGUCAGCCCAACAAGCGAGACACGAGUGCUAUGUCUACUAGUUAAGCGUCGGAAGCCCUUUCGCCGAGUCUGCACACGCCCUACACGCAUGACGUGAUGCCAUACACGUACACUCAGCGACAUGGAUGGAUGCAAUCUAUCAAGCCGACAACAUGAUCCAUACAAACCUGCAUCAGCGUUUCCCCCUCCUUAUUUUGCCGUGUCUCACUCCCUGCCGAAAGCCUCUUCUCCAUCGAUCAGCUAAAGUGCUGCUGCCAAGGCUGCUUGACGGCAUGAAGCGCCGAACAGAGAGGCUCAGUCUCCCUCUUGUGGCACUGAGGCAGCCCCUCUCGCCUCCUCUGUGUCCAUCUUCACUCGCAGCGCUGCAUGUGUGCGACCGAGACGACUGCGCUUCGUCAUGACGGUGAACAGCAUUUCCGCCAUCCGCUUCUGGAUCAGCAAAAGGGUUGAUGAUGCGGAUCAUCGUUCCGUCGUCAGAUCGAGCGGCAGUUUCCCCGCUCAGCAGAGGCACACUUGGGCAUGGUCCUUGAUGCGUCGCGGGAGGCGGCAGGACACAGGGCACAUAGCCGCACAUGGGCUGGGGUGUCCUCGCGGGCACGAACAGAUGGCAGUGAGGCAGAUAUGGCGAUGUGCUGUGGUCCAGGUGACGAAGAGCGUGAAGAUCGGCGGACGAGCGCGAAGAGCCGAGCAAGACAGGCGGGGAGGAAGGCGGGGAGAGCGCGGGGACCGCCACCAUUGGGAUACUCGCGUAUGAGCGGGUGUGCGGUACGCCUGCUGUCUUGCUCACACCGUCGACUUCUGCCGAGUCCUUCUCUUUCGUGUCUCGCUGCUCAUCAUUUCUGGCCGCCGCGGCUUUCUUGCCCCUGCCACCGAGGGUGAGGCGCCGGCAGCGCUCAUUUCCAUACGCGGCCAGGCUGAGCCGCACGCCGGGGCUCUGUUGUCUCUCUGCCGAGGGACAGUGCUGAUAGUAGCAGCUCUCUUGGCUGAGGCGGCCUCUGGCUGCUGGGGAGUGUGCUGCAGGAAGCAUUGGGGGUGAAGUCAGCUGUGUGGCCUUCUUGCUUCUGCGCUUGCGGUCCGCCCGUCCGAUUGCCGAAGAAGGACAUGUCUCGUCUGGAGAUGGUUGGUGAGGGCUGCCCUCGUUCACAGGAUCUUGCUCUUGGCUUCCCUGUGCAUCGGUCUUCUCGCUUUCUUGUUUCUCUUGACAAGCCUUCUGCGGGAUGAACCGACACGUAAGCGGGGGCGAUUCCGACUCAUCACCCGCUUGUUGCUGAGAGAGGGACGCGUCAUGUCUUUCGGAGAUGGGGGGGCUCAUGACAAUGCCGUUGAUUGGAACACUCAAGCGAGACACAAAGGGAAAAGACGAAGACGCCGGAGCCACACCGCCGUUGUCGUCAUCCUCUGUCUCAGAAGCCUCCACGGCAUGCAUUUCCUUGGGCGAGCGCAGCUUGUCCCGACCUGCCGUCGCUUCAACAGCUGCGGCUUCCCUUGCCGCCUCUUGCUUCUCCUCAUGCCUCAGUGCCUCAGCCACCAGAUCGGCGUCCUCCUUUCUCAGAAGCGCCGUGACAUCAGCCACAUUAUCCCUCGGCAUCUCGGUUUUCGUUUUUGCUGCCUUGAUUCUGCUCCCCGCUGCCGCGACGAAGUCCCCUCUCAUCGCCAGGUGCCCAUAAAAGGCCAUCGACAUGCUGCCGUGACAGGGCGGCGGUCCUUCCCAUUUGCUGGGUUGACCAAAUUGCACAGACGCAACCAUGGUGUGUGCAGUUGGUGGCGGCGGCACACAGGGCCGUGGCGGCGAAGGGAUCAAGGCGUGUGUGUGCCCCAGGUGCUGGUGUCUCUUCCACUUCUUGGAGGUGCCUUUCGUGUUGAGCAGUGAUCUGCGCGGCGGCUCCCUCAGUGGGGAUCUCGGUGGCGACGACGUGUUGAGCUUGACUGCACACGCUGGCGACGUCGGAGGUCUGGCUGAAGUAUUGGUGCCGGUGGCGGUGGUGCUGUUGCCGCCAGCAGCGUUGCUCUGCAAACAGAAAACAGCAAGGGAAGACAAUGGAAAAUACUAGUUGUCGCACUCGUCUCUUUGUCUGUCUGUCUGUCUGUCUGCCUUCCUGGUUCUCUGUACAGGAGAUUCAAGGAUUGGCAAGGGCUCGGUGAAGAGGCUGUCAAAUGGUCCUUCCAUGGGGAGCGGGACAGUGCGAGGACGGCGCACUAUCACGUCAGUCGCCUGUGAAAGAACCGGCGAUGACACUUUUCGCAUGUGUGGCCAUCUAUCGUUCACACUGCACAUACCUGGUUGACAUCAUCGGCGUCCGUCUUAGCCUUGUCGUCCGUGUCGCCCACAACACCGCCUGUCGGCGUGGGAGGCUCCUGCAGCUGCAUGUCUGGAAACUUCCUCAUCAGCUGCUCCACAUCCUCACUGCUCAGCACCUUGUCUGCGUCCAUCGCGUCACCAGCAUCCACGCCUCUCGUCUCUCUGGAGGACUUCUUUUCUUCUUCCAAGCUGGUGUCUCUUUUCUCAACCUCGCCCUCGGGCGUCCGUGGCACUUCAAUGGGCGGUGGUGGUCGCCGCUUCCGGGCCGGUGUGCGGGCAUCGGAUCUGUUGGCCGGCCUAGAUGGACGCUGCGAUGGCCUGGCCUUCAGGUCCUCCUUCAGGUGCUGAGCUGCUACUGCUGGCGUCUUCGGCACCUGUGCGGACCUGCCCGCUUGACCCUUCUCUUCGACGGAGUCCUUUUGGGAACCAGGCGGGGCGGGAGACGCGGGCAUCGACUGAGAGACCUCCGUCUUCUGCUGGCCUUCCUGUUGUUCUUGACAUAGAGGUUGCGGAACCGGCUCACGUGGUGAGGGCGGAGGCGGCGCUGUCACUGUCUGGGGGUGGCUACUGGAUGAUGAGGGGGGCGGCGACGGUAUGCCCAUGCUCCUCCUCUGCUUGGACAGCAGCAGCUGCCGAAUCGCACGGUUGAUCUCCGCCGACGUCACUGUCUUGUCUAUCACGCCGGCUGCCUCGCCCUCCUUCGCCUGCUGCUCCUUUUCCUGCAGCCGGGCCAUCCUCUUCUCCUGCAGCUCUUUCUGCUUGUCACGCAGCCGUUUGAUCUCAGCAUUGAGGGCUUGCAGACGAGCUCGGGCUGCAGGGGAGACAUCCCGGUUGCGCAGCGAUGCCGAUGGGACGCCCCCUGCACGCAUGGGGAUGAGCUUCCGCGACGGCGAGCGGCUGACAGCGGCUGGUGCGUCUGCUGGAUGCGCAGACUCGUCCUGUUGUUUUGGCUCUUCCUGCACUGGCGCAACUGCUGCUGCUGCUGCUGCUGCUUUGGCGGUGACGACGGAAGGCGUGUUCUGCACGGCUGGGGCCGAAGGCCUGACUCGCCUCUCUCUCACGCGGAUGCAGCUCUUGGAUCGCCGGUCGAUGCUUGUCGCUGUGGCGUCUUUGGCCUUCUGUGGCUCGCCUUGUUUGUCUGUCACGGUGAAUCCUGCCUUGGUGGGCGACGACGGCUGUGUCCGCAGGUGGGUGUGCUUCUCGACGCAGCAGGAGUCCUCUCCCUCCUUGUCUCUGGGUGAGACAGGCGACUGGUCUGGGGGGAAAUGUGAGAGGAUCUGCUGGUCGGUGAGACGGCCGCCGGUCCUGAAAAUGGCGUUCUCCCACUCCCAUGGUGAAGGAAUCUCGUUGGUCUCGCCCUGUGUUUGCAAAGUGGCCACACGGGAGAGAUGGAUGCAUGGAGUGUGUUUGUGCUGCUUCGUCUCUACCAGUGGGUGGAUGCCCUUAGCAGUGGCGAAUUUGAAUAUGUCUCGCACCAGCAGGGCAAAGUCGGGGCCGUGGUUCAUGUGCUUGAGGUGCGCCAGCUCGUGGAAGAGAAUGGCCAGCUGCGUCGGACGGCUGAUCAAAUCCUGACACAGCCGGCGACGCGAAGGGGACUGUCGUUUUCUCUGUCUCCGUUUAUGUGUGUUCAUUGGGUACGUUUGGUGCUUCUUUCUUGCGUAUGCGUAUGCGUAUAGUGGCGAGCCACCGUAUCUCGGUGUACACUUCACCGUCACUGCCCUCACGCCUGCACACACCGUCACCCUCUCUUCACUGCAGCAAUCCAUCGACGGAUGGAUUGAUUCACUCACUUGACGAUGAGAGGGUCUUUGAUCGUGACCCCGGCCUUCUUGGCCUGGCAAUCAUGCUCAGACAGAAACGAGUACCUACACACACACACACACACAGAGAGAGAGAGAGAGAGAGAUGAAAUAUGUAAUAUGUCAUGUGUGUCCCUUUGUCUGGCUUGCGAGUCAUUCAUUCAUUCAUUCAUUGGAUGGUCCACCGUAGUUUGAAGUGUCUGCAGAUGGGCGCGGCCACCUUGGUGUGCAGCUCGUGAAGAAUCUCAGUCACCUCCUUCCGACGACAUAGCCACACCCUCUCACCAUUCAACUGGGUCAGCACACACGCACAUUUGAGCACAGAGAGGCGCUUGUCGCUCGAUUUGCUCACGAUUGUGUGGUUGAAGGUGAAGUAGUGUGCCUGCAGCAUCGAGUCACCGGCAAGGGCGCCGCGAGGAGGGGAGCGCACACCGCCGACAGCAAAGGGGGACAGCGAACGGCGAUGUGACGGAGACACACCUGAUCGACAGAUCAGAGCACCUACUCACAUGUGUUGUCACACCAUGUGUCUCGCCGCUGACCAGCUCUUGCAGCCGCUUCCCCUACAACAUGUCUCUGUCUGACGGGCGAGCAGGAGCUCCCCCGCCUCAUCCGCGCCCUCUGCAGCGCCUCGUUCUCGCCCCCCCUGUCCACCGCAGUGUCCAUCGCCCUUGGCGUGUGCUUGACCGUCGUGACACUGGUGUCGCUGAUCUGAGGGCCUGGCCCUUCAGGCGGUGCGGGCUCAGCUACAGGCAGCGGGCCCAUGGCAGUGUCUAUCCGCGUUCGCUGUGUGGUCACCACACUCUGAGAGCGAUAGCAGGGAUGGUCAUUAUUCGUGAUGAGAGGAAGGGCUUCCCGUCUCGCUGUGAGAGGCGGCUCCUGGCUGUCCGCAGCCGUUUCCUCCCCUUCAAUCUUACGAUGGGUGGGCGGUGGAAACUGUGACGUGCUGUCAUUGGACGCACCGCUGCGGCUUUUGCUGCAGCUCCGAGAGCUCCCACCAUCUCGACGAGACAUCCUGGGCGGGCCAACGAUAUCUUCGCUCUCUUGCCGUUGUUGGUCUUCCUUCCGUCUGGCGGAAUGGGCCUCACUUUGGCUUCCCGGCGCCGCCAGGGGAAGACUGCCGAUCCCCUCCCGGGUGGUUUUCUGCUGCAUACGUCGGGUGAAAAGCCUGCCCUCCUCCUUGAGCGUCCUCCGCACAAACGCCACGUACUGGUCAUCCUUCGCGGCAUAGUGCAUCAGCCGUCGAUUCUCUGGGGACGUGGUGACGGGGUGCUCGUCGCUGCCCGGCAUGGACUGGACGCCGUCCGGACGGAAGAGCGACGAGCUGCGGAUGGGGUAUAUAUCGAUCCUCGCCCGAGUGCUGACCGACUCGUGUCGCUUGCGGCCGCGGGAAAGCUCCCGCUUGUGCUUUGGCUUCCUGUGCUCGACGGGAGGGCCGCCCGGCUGACCAGAGGGGUCUGAAUGGGUGUGUUGGAAUGGCGAAAGAGGGGACGGGGGAACUUGGGGCUCUUCGACUGGCUCUUGCUCCGAUGCAGUGGGGCUCUGCUGCUGUUGCCGGUGGCCACUUGUGUGGAUGCAUGAGGGUGGCAGUGAGGGCGUGGUUGUGGCUUCUGUUUGAAUGGAUGGCUGAGCAGGCCGUUGCAGUGGCGGAGACACCAACAAGGGCGAGCCAGACGAGGCGGCCUGGUCCCCCCCUCCCUCACUUGCUUUCGUCCUCACGUCGCCGCCGCCGUCCUUUCUGGCCCUCCUGCCGUCUUUCCGUCUGGAGGGCGUGUGUUUGUCCCUCUGCUCGCUGCCGAUCCUCCGCUCAAUGUGCUUGAGCCAUACCGACUCGGAGGCCGUGCGAUUCAUGGCAUUGUUGUCGUGGUGCACUCCAGAGCGGCUUUGCACUCUCUUGUGGAGCUCCUUGCGAUGCGCCACCACGCACAUGCCGCUGCCGCACGCACCACUGCCAUCCGACUCAGCGCCGUCAGCAAGUGAGGGAGUCGCCCCGCAUUCCGCUCCUUGUCCCUCCAGGACCUCUGCUGCAUUGUAAUUGAUGCUCGGGGACGGGAGAGAAUCGCAGUGGCUCUUUGUCACCUCCAUCGAUAGUUUUAC